AUGGAAGAUACUGAGGAAACUCUGGCUGAACUGGUGGACUCUAACUUCCUGAAGUGUUCCAGCUGUUGCCAUGACUACCAGAACCCUUGCCUGUUGCCGUGCCUACACAGUCUAUGUGAGGACUGCAUUCAGAAGCUUCCUCGUCAGAUCAGCGCUCCGACAGAAAACACAGAGUCCUCAGAAAACAGUGUCCUCCAGAAGUUCUCCUGUCCGUUAUCACUACGAGUGCCUCUAGUACGUCUGUACCAGGAAGUGGAGACUUUCCGAUACCGUGCCAUAUCUGACACUCUGAUGACUAUAAAUAGGAUGGAGGCAGCCCGGACGGAGUACAGGGGGGCCCUACUGUGGAUGAAGAAUGUCUCUGAGGAACUCGAUCCUGACACCUACAAACAACUGGAAAAGUUCCGAAAAGUGCAGGCCCAGGUUAGAAAGACGAAGGCCAAGUUUGACAAGCUGAAGUUGGAUGUGAUGCAGAAGGUGGACCUGUUAGCCGCAUCUCGCUGUAACAUGUUCUCUCACGUCCUCGCUAAUUACCAAUCUACGCUGCUCCACUUCUGGGAGAAAACUUCACGCACCAUGACAGCUGUGGCAGAAAGCUUUAAAGGAUACCAAUAUUAUGAAUUCAACAUCAUCAAAGAACUGGCUGAACCCAGUAAAAAGUUAUCGGAGGAAACGUCAAAAUCGGAACCAGCAGAGCGAGACACCACUGACGAGGAGUUUGAUCCCAGCAACUGUAAAAAGUGCACAAGUAGAAAGUCAAAUGAAGAGUCACAGUCACUUGUCUUAGGGUACACAGAGGAGGACGACCAGAGCGAGGGGAUUUGUCCGGAGUGUGGACAUUUCUUUCAAGGAGAGGGAGACAACUAUCCUAGCACUGAUCUAGGACAGAAUGCUAACACUGAGAGUAGUCUCCCUUCACAGAUACAGGAAAUGUGUUCAGAAUCAAGUGAAGAUAAUAGGUUGAUAGCAUUUGAUGAGGAAGAGGGAGAAACAGAAAAUGCAGAAAUUAGAAAUGACAGCCUACAGAAUCUAUAUGACAUGAGUACAGAAAAUCAGAACAAUUCCACUGACCUUGGGAACAAUGUUAAGGAUGCCGCUAAUUUAUAG